UUACCUCAAUAUUUAGUAACAUAAUUUUUUAUUAUUAUAAGAAAUAUCAACUUUGCGGUGACUCUGGCCCUAGAAUAGAAUUUAUUUACAAUGUGAUUGCAGCUGGAAACCCAGGUAAGCAAAGUCCAUAAUGUUCAAUGAAAAAGAAAACGGUUAUAACGGUUUUUUGAACCAGGCUUGACUUGUUCAAAGAAAGAAAGGGUGUUCACCAAGUCCUUUAGGCCUCCCUCUCAUUCUGAGGCUCUUUAGGCCUCUCUGAUUUCUGAGGCUCUCUUCCUCUCACCCACCAAAAAAACACAAAAAACAAUCACCCCCAAAAUUUUUGCACACCCCAACUACGAUGCAGCACACAACCAAAAAAACUUUUUCCGACUAAAAAAUUAUGGCCGUAACCUGGUUUUUCUAUCACCGGCCGCACCACCUACUCUUCUUCUCCAUCAUUUUCUUUGUCCUCCCUUGUAUAGCAUACUCGCUAGCCGAACCCGAAGCCUUGCUCAAGCUCAAAGAAUCCUUUAAAAAUGCCGAGGCACUCAAUUCUUGGACCCCCGACACUGCGCCAUGUGCCCGAAACACACAAUGGGCAGGACUUAUUUGCGCCGAUGGCAUCGUCACAGGGCUUCGUCUCGGGGGAAUGGGUUUAGCAGGGGAAAUUGACACGAAGGUCCUAGCUGAAAUCAAGGGCCUUCGCACCAUGAGCUUCGCGAACAAUAAUUUUUCGGGGCCAAUGCCCGAGUUCAACACCUUGGGUCCUGUGAAGGGUCUUUACUUGUCGGGCAACCAAUUUACAGGGGAGAUUCCGUCUAAUUUUUUUGUCAAGAUGGAGUCUCUGAGGAAGCUGUGGCUUUCGAAUAACAAAUUCACUGGCAACAUCCCUCCUUCGUUGGCCACGAUUCCCAAUCUUCUCGAGCUGCACCUCGAAGACAAUGGAUUCAGUGGGAGCAUUCCGGUGAUCAAUCAAUCAACGUUGGUGUCACUCAACAUGUCCAACAACAAAUUGGAGGGGGAAGUUCCUGCCAGCAUGUCGAAAUUUGAAGCGUCGUCGUUUGCUGGGAAUGCCGGCCUCUGUGGAGGGAAAUUGGGCAAGGAAUGUGCAAAGCCAGAGCCUCCUCCUGCAGCAUCAACAACCCCUAAUGAGAACAACAACAACAACAACAACAACAACAACGACAACAAUGGUGGAAAUGUGUCAGUAGCUUCGGCGGUGGUGCUGGUUGCUCUCAUCGUCCUGUUUUUCGUGAAGUCGAGGCGGAAGGGGGAGGAGGAAGAUUUCGACAUGCCCGGGAAGGAGAACAUAGAGAAAGCAGAUCAUCCGGACUCGGUUGAGCUGAAUGUGUCGGAGAUAAAACAAAAGGAAGUGGUGGUGGACCGCCCCUCAAGCUCGAAAAGGACAGGAAACAGCUCGAGAAAGGGGUCCAACAAUGGCAAGGGAGGCGGAGGAAUGGCAGAGCUUGUGAUGUUGAAUGAGGAGAAAGGUGUUUUUGGGCUGCCAGAUUUGAUGAAGGCCGCCGCGGAAGUGCUUGGAAAUGGGGGCUUGGGGUCAUCUUACAAGGCGGUCAUGGCGAACGGGUUCGCGGUAGUGGUGAAGAGAAUGCGGGAGAUGAAUGGCAUGGGAAAAGAUGGGUUUGAUGCAGAGAUGAGAAGGUUUGGAAGUCUACGCCAUUGGAACAUCUUGACACCUCUGGCAUACCACUACCGGAAAGAGGAGAAGCUCUUGAUCUAUGAGUACAUUCCCAAGAGUAGUUUGCUUUAUAUAUUACAUGGUGAUCGGGGACCGUCCCAUGAUGAACUUGAUUGGCCUGCCAGGCUAAAGAUUAUUCAAGGCACAGCAAAAGGGCUGGCUUAUAUUCACACAGAAUUUGCAUCAUGUGAUGUGCCCCAUGGCAAUCUCAAAUCAAGCAACAUACUACUUGGCCCUGACUAUGAGCCAUUGCUCUCAGACUUUGCAUUUGGGCCUUUGAUCAACACUGCAAAUGUAGCACAAGCGCUAUUUGCAUACAAAGCCCCGGAAGCUGCAGAACAUGGCCGAGUCUCUCCCAAAUGUGAUGUGUAUUGUCUAGGGAUCAUAAUUCUUGAAAUCUUGACAGGAAAGUUCCCUUCUCUAUACCUCAACAAUGGGAAAGGAGGGCUUGAUGUGAUCCAAUGGGUUCGAUCAGCAAUCUCCGAAGGGAGAGAAUCCGAAUUGUUAGACCCCGAAAUUUCAAGCACGAAGGCUUCACUUGGUGAAAUGGAGAAGCUCUUACACAUUGGGGCAGCAUGUACUGAGAGCAAUCCAAAUCAACGAUUAGAUAUGAGGGAGGCCGUUACAAGGAUAGAGCAGGUACAAGUUUUGGGAAGUGACCAUGUGCCACGCACAAGUCAUGCACCAACUUUGAGAGAAGGGGUUGGAGAGCUCCCCGGGGAGACAAGGCUCGAAUCAAACACGAUCGGAAGUAGAUCAGGGCGCCUUGAUGGAGACAAUGACGCUGCCUUUUCCAUAUCUUAAUUGGCGAUCGAGUUAUGUUAGGCAAAGGCAAAAUGAUAGAUGGUGGUGUGACCUCAAAAGAAAACUUGAGCUUCAAGGAAGGGAGUCAGAGUCAGAGUCAAAGUCAGAGAGACCUCCACAAUGGU